AUGUACGCGCUCGCCAUAGUCACACGCGGUGGACCGGAGGCGCCGCCCGUUAGUGUCAACGGCGCCGCGCCAGACACGCUGACAGCCGCCGACGAGAUCGGGCCACGGGAAGAGCGGAGCCCCGCGCUGCCCGCGAGAAGUGGCGACGCGGAUUUCGGCUUGGCGGCUCCUGGUAUCCACGCUAAAAGAUUGGAUAUUGAUGGGACGGAGGAGGCAAAGGGGUCGAGGUUCGUGAGGGGGAAGGCGAGAAUCUCGUCCCUCCCUACCUCGUACAACGUGGUGGAUCAGCUCAAACUCACACCAGUGAGUGCGAGUGUGUGGAGCUACAUCAAGGAUAGUGACAAGGUGAGAAAGGAGCUGAUAGAGGCCUUAAAGAAUGGGGAAGAGGAGAAGGAGAUAGGAGCAGCACCAAUGCAAGGGGUGGCAAAGAUAGUGGCAGCCGCACCGGUGGAGGUUAAGGAGAAGGAGGCACCAAGGGCUAGUAACCUAGUUUUUCAGAUCCCACAGUGCGACGUGUAUUUGGGGAAGCCUCGGGUGACGGCUAUAGUCGAUUCGGGAGCAUCACAAACCGCCCUAUCACAUGUGAUAGCUAGGAAGCUCGGACUACUACCAUACCUUCAAGAUACCACCAUAGAGUUCACUACCUCUAGCGGAGAUACUUCGAAGCCGUGGGGAAUCCUACCGGAUGUGCCGGUUAGGGUAGGGAAGCUGACUCGACCAGUAGACAUAGCAGUGACGGGAGCGAAUACCUACGACAUGCUCUUAGGGCAGGAUUGGAUCUAUUCGGCCAACGCGGAUAUCUUGACUAGUAAGGGGAAGAUAGUCUACCAGGUUAACACCAAGGAAACCGACUCCGUUCCCAUCACCACGGGGCCUAUGGGAGUUGGUGGCCGCCCCUCCUAUGUGCUCCUCCCCUCCCAUACAACCCACAGGAACAUCAACGAGGAGGAUGAGGAGCGCAUCAAGGAAUGGAUGGAGGAGCAGGACUUCCUCAAGUGGAUGGAGGAGAGGAGGGUAGCCAUGGCAGAGGAGGACGGGAGGUUGGAGUUGAACGCGGAGGAAGAGGAUGCGUAUUAUCUAUGGCUAAGGGAGCAAGAGGAGGAAGGAGAUAAGGAGGAGGCUUCAAGUGAGGAGGAAUCUGAGGAGGAAUCUGAGGAGGAGGAAGAGGAGGAAAAAGAUCUUAAGGUGGUAGACGGAAAAAAUGAGGAUUGGGGAUAUGAUUUCGGGAGCCCAACGGCGGAGGAAGUGGGAGCUUGGGAGAGUGCAGGUUUGGGGAUCGAUUGGGACAAGGAGUAUGAUGAGAUGGUGGAGAAGUACGUGGGAGAAGAGGAUGAGGUCGAGUGGGAAGUUGACUCGAUGGCAGAUGGGGAGGAGUACUUGGAUCAAGAUUGGGAGGAUGGGGAGCUGAUCUACGAUAGGAAGAGGAAGCCGAUUAGCACGGACCAUCUCUUCGAGAUGUACAACUACCCGGCAGCCGAGAAGUGGAAUUACGUGGCAGCCGAGAGUGGGGACGAGGGGAGAAUCAUCCUAGGUAGUUACUACACCCUCAAGAAGGAGGCGCCUAGAGUAGCUUGCCCUGCGUUCGAGGACCUACCCGUUUCAUUGAACCACGAGCUAGAGGAGCAGCAGCAGAAGGAGGUGCGGACGCUUUUGGUGGAGUAUAGGGAGGCCUUUUCCACGGAGAAGGAGACACUAGGGACCCACCCCACCAUCCGCCACCACAUUGCCACCGGGAGUGCCAAGCCGAUAGCCCACAAGCCGUACAGAGGUGAAGACGAGGGGGAGAGUAGUGAGUCAGUGACCAAGGGAGAGAAGGAGGAGGAUAGCAAGGAGGAGGAUAGCACAGAGGAGGAGGAAGCAGAUAAGGGGGACGAGGAGGACAAUGAGGAGGAAGAGGGGAAUAGCACGGACAAGGAGGAAGAGGACAAAGAGAAAGGAGGGGAAGUAGAGGAGGAGAGUAGUGGAGAGGAGGAAGGUGAGGAGACCGGAGAAGAGGAGGAGAGCUUCGAAGAGGGGCAACGGCCGGAUGAGGGAAUAGAGGAGGAGCAGCUGCUAGAAGAGAUAGGGCAGCCUAAGAAGAAGGCAAAGGUGGAAGGAGAGGAAGAAAAGGAGGGGACUCCUAGUAAGAAUCUCGCGUCCGAGACCAUCCUCGACAUUUGGGAUGACGCCAACACAUUGUUCUUCCUGGAGAAGGGGACGGUUGAUCCGGCGUGGAGCACGGUAGAGAAGAGGAGGGUGAGGGCAAGAGGAAAGAACUUCGAGUGGAGGGAUGGGAGGUUGCUGAAGAAGAUCAAAGGGGAGUUGAAGUCGAAGGGGGCUUGGACGGCGAAGGGAGAACUGCAGCCGGUACCGGUCUCGAAGCCGUGGGAGAGGGUAGUGAUCGACUUCAUCGGGCCUCUCCACACCACGGCCAAGGGAGGGAACAAGUAUGUCAUCUCGGCCAUGGAUCACUUCACCAAGUGGCCGGAGUAUAAGCCGGUAAGGAGUGCGGACGCGGCAACAGCAGCGGCAUUUGUAGCGGAAAAGAUCAUCUCCAACCAUGGUUGCCCACUAGUGAUCCACACCAACAAUGGGGCCUCUAUCCAUUCUUCCACCAAGUUUUCCCCCUUUUUCCUACAGUAUGGGCGUCACCCAAACAUCACAGGCACCACCAUGUCGGAGUUCGAGGUGCGGGAGCUGUCGGAGUUAUCCACGGAGGAGGAAGCGGAUGCGGUGGCAAGAUAUCUCUAUAGGAGGUCUUCAGAGAUGGAGCUAGUGUUAGCACAGGCAGUGGGGAACCAUGACAAGGCACAGGAGAAGCAGAAGCUGGACUUUGACUUGAGGAGGACAACGGCCUUAGAGAUGGAGAAGUUAGAGAAAGGGGACUUUGUCCGACUCAAGCCAAGUAAGAGGGUGGCGUGGGAGAAGCAGGCUAAGAAGUUCAAAACGCUAUUUAAGGUAAAGGAGGUGGAGCAGUUCGAUGUAGUGGUGGAGGAUAAGGCGGGAGCUUCAUGGAAGGAGUCUCGGGAGAACGUGAAGCUGGUGAAGAUAGCACCUUAG